AUGGCUUCAAAAAAAAAAUGCACCGAUAAUCGAAAAGAAAAAACCGGUCUUAUUUUUCCGAUCGGACGUAUUCAUCGCCUUCUUGCUGUAGGUUCUCGACAGCCUUCUUUAUUUAACGACAGACUAAAGAUUCACGUUCAGGCAAAUACUCCUAUUUAUGUUGCAGCCGUAAUUGAAUACUUGAUAAACGAAAUCUUGGUAUUGUCUGGGAAUCGUGCUCAAUCUGAAAAACGAUCAAGAAUCAUUCCCCUUGACAUUUUAUCAGUUAUUCAAAAUGAUGAUGAAUUGAAAAAUUUAUUUUCUUCUCUCUUGCCAAGUCUUGUUCAAGAUCUUCUAGAAGAAGACAAGGAAGAUGUCGAAGUCGUAGAGUCUGAAUCAGAGGGGAACGACACAGCUGAUAAGACCAUAAAGCUUGAAUCUUUGGUGCUCUCAGAGGGAAACAACAUAGCCGCUGACGAAACCAGAAAGCUUGAAUAUUUAGUGCUCUCAGAGGGAAACAACAUAGCUGCUGACGAAACCAGAAAGCUUGAAUCUUUAGUUGGAAUGAAGAACGAAGGUAUUUCAGGAAUAAAUUCUCAUUUAUCCUAA